ACUAGGACCAUGUCGCUGAGGAGACUUUCAGUCGGGGCGCUGACACUCCGGAGGUUACAGUCUGAAAGUUUCCGGCCUGCUCUGGCCUUGGCGACCUCAGCAGCGGCUCGGCGGCAGUGUGAAGCCCUGGUGUACCGCAGGCACGGUGAUCCGGUCGACGUUAUCCAGCUCGAGAGAAUCAACCUUUCUCAGCUUGGUGAUAAUGACAUACGAAUCCAAAUGUUAGCGGCGCCCAUUAAUCCAUCGGACAUUAACAUGAUGCAAGGUACCUACGCUAUUCUUCCUGAUCUUCCAGCUGUCGGAGGCAAUGAGGGUGUAGGACAAGUUCUAGAGACGGGCAGUAAAGUGACUAGCCUGAAGCCAGGAGACUGGGUGAUACCAUCGGACGCAGGGCUAGGAACAUGGAGGAUGGAAGCAGUGGGCAAUAUGAAUGCUUUUAUUAAAGUUCCAAAUAUCAUACCUCUUCCAUGCGCAGCAACUUUGAGUGUCAAUCCAUGUACUGCGUACAGAAUGCUGUGCGACUUUGAAUCUUUGAAGCCCGGUGACUCUGUGAUACAGAAUGCAGCCAACAGCGGCGUGGGCCAAGCUGUAAUUCAGAUAGCCAAAGCUAUGGGAUUAAAGACCAUUAACAUUAUUAGAGAUAGACCAAACGUGCAGCAGUUGUCAAACAGUUUGAAGGGAAUGGGAGCGGAUAUUGUGAUCACAGAGGAGGCACUCAGAAAACCAGAAAUGAAAGAAUUAUUUAAGGAAGUUCCAAGACCUCGUCUAGCUCUGAAUGGUGUCAGUGGUAAAACUGCUACAAACAUGCUAAAACAUUUAGAGAAAGGAGCAACUAUUGUGACAUAUGGUGGAAUGGCAAAACAACCUGUCACAAUUCCAGUGAGUACACUAAUUUUUAAAGAUUUUAAGAUCCGUGGCUUCUGGAUGACACAGUGGAAACAAGAUCAUGGGCAUGGUUUGCUGCAGGAAAUGAUCUCCCAUUUGUGCGGCUUCAUUCAAGCAGGGAAGCUGAAGGCACCAGUCUGCACUGAGGUUCGAUUUCAGGACUAUCAAGUGGCCCUCAAAGCUGCUACCACACCAUUUAUAUCAAGCAAAUAGAUUCUAAUCAUGUGAUGUCAUUUUGUUAAUUUGUAAAUAAUCUAGAUAGAUUUAGAAAUCAGAUAGUUUCAGAAAGAACACGAAGGGUAGUUUAUUUUCAGCUUUAUUCCAUCCAGUCUGAAAUAUAAACCUUUCACCAUAUCUGUAAGAAUGGGAAAUUAACUGGAUCUGUACAAUGAAAGCCUUACUUUGUGUCAUGUAAGUUGUGUCACUUUCUUUCUCCCUGUUUGCUUUAUCUUGUCAGCAGAGUGAGAUACGAAUCAAAUCAAGUUUAAUUAUCAUUCAGCCAUAAUAGAUACGGCGAAUGAGGCACCGUUCUUCGGGGGCCACGGUGCAGACAAAAUAGUGCAUUCAAAAAAGCGAGUAAAGAAGCCUAUUCACGUGGGAAAAGAACAUGUAUGUAUUCCAAGGCCCUCAGUGACAUGUCCUGCAAUCGAUGGUACAAUCUCCUGGCAGUGCGCAGACACAUGCAGUCCAGACUGUUGUUCCACCACUCGAACAGGGGAGGGCAGCACCAAUGGGAGAGGCCAGCCCCCUGCUGAGCGCGGAUGCCACGUUGCACCGCCCCCAGCGUUCCCUCACCUGACCUGCAGCUGUAGGCAAGCCCGCGGCUCGAGGCUACGUGGCUUCUACAGUCGCACCACCAGACUAGUGUAACAAGCCUGAGGCAACUUACACUAUCACUGUGCAAAAGAGUCUUGCGAUCGCGAGUGAAAUAACAAUGACAAUCUACCACGGUUAUACAGCACGCCGCCUUCACGCACCAACUCCGAUGCCUCUGCGUGGCGGGCAGCAACACAGUCUCAACUCAAGCUCUGUAUAAAUUUUGGGUUUAUUAUGUACAUAAAUAAAAGCAAGAGUUAGGCCACUCAGC